CAAAAAUCUGACGAUUUAAACUGAAUAAUCAAGAUCAGGAAUUUGGUUUUGGACAUACGUUUUUGACUACGAGUCCUUGAUGUGAUGUGAUUUCCCUUUCUGCUCUGCAGUUGACGAAAAGUUUUUUUUUUUUUUAUGACGACGAAAAGCCAACUCAACGUUGAAUUCUUGCCUAAUACCUUUCCUCUGCAGGCAUUUUCUAGUAGUUUUCCAUUUUUACUGAUUCGAGCUGAAAUUAAGCGUUACUUGAUUCUUAUUUUUACCUGAUAAAAUCUACUUGAAAAAAAAAAGGAGAUAAAAUCAACUUCAUUCCUGCAAAAAAGUUGAAUAGGGCAGUACUUUAAGUCAUAUGCAUAUGUACACAGAACCUCAUUUUUGAAGUUUUAUCAUGUGCUCUGAGUGCGAGUAGUGUCCUUUCGAUGGUUGAGAAUUUGAAAUAAGUGGAGUAGUUCCCCUAAAAUGAGCUAAUUAGUUCCAGAAUGCUGAUGAUUAAAUAACAGAAAUGCAGAUCAACAUCAGUACUGUCAUCUCCUUUACCACGAAUUCUUCGAAGCCUGAAUUUGCAGCACGCUAAUGAUUAACAAGACAGAGACAGUACUGAGUCUAAAAUCUUGUUGCGACUAAAGCAGUUUAAAAUCUUGUUUCCUCGUGGGAUCUAUUUCCCUUGGUAUGUGCAACAAUGUGCUUUCUCUAGACAUAUCAAUGCUAAAUCCAAGUAAUGGAGAGGCAUGAAAGUAUAGCUCGUUUAUUCUCAACCUUAGUUUGUGAUAAGCACCUUUGAGACAUAAACCAAAAACAAUUAAUUUGUCACCACUUAGGGAAUAGUUGCUUAAGGUGGAAAUGCAUUCCAGAAAGUAAGUGAUAAACUUUGACACACUUGACGAGUUUUAUGUUAUUUUUGGAAUGUUUCCCUCCUCAAUGUGAGCUGCCAUCUAAAAGCAGUAGCAAUAGUGUCUUCAAAGAGCUGUGUGGCAAAGGGAAUACAGGUUGUAGAUUUUUGUGCCCAUUUUUGUGCGGUGUUCUGAGAUACGUCGGGUUAUCGAGCUAAACUGGGAGAUCAAGAACUUCAAGAAUCUCGAAUUUCUCUUGAUGCUGAGACCAUCUAUCUAUUCUGCAUACUAUAUUCAAUGUAGUGACAUCAUGUAUUGUGGUCUUCUAAGCAUAUAUCAUAAUGCAGGUAUCUUUGUUGGUGGAAGCAAAGUGGUUCAUUUUACCCGUGUCGAAACCUCUGACCAUUCUGAUGAUGAAAUGAUAGCCCUCCCUUCAUCCUGUCCAACAUUUCCUGACUGUGGAUUUAGGCAGCCAAAGAGUGGGGUAGUACUUACAUGCCUUGAUUGUUUCCUGCAGAAUGGUUCCCUCUACUCCUUUGAGUAUGGAGUAACUCCGUCUGUUUUUUUUGCCAAAGUAAGAGGAGGCACUUGCACAACUGCAGCAUCUGACCCACCUGAAACGGUCAUUCAUCGGGCAAUGUAUCUUCUGCAGAAUGGAUUUGGGAAUUAUGACGUGUUUCAAAACAACUGUGAGGACUUUGCUCUAUAUUGCAAAACAGGCCUUCUGACAGUUGACAGUCUGGGGGUUGGAAGAAGUGGGCAAGCUUCUUCUGUUAUUGGUGCUCCACUAGCGGCGCUGCUUUCCUCUCCUCUGAAACUGCUAAUGCCAAGUCCUGUUGGUGUGGCGACAGUAACAGCUGGGAUGUAUUGUAUGAGCAGGUAUGCUACUGAUAUUGGUGUUCGCACAGAUGUCAUCAAGGUGGCGGUUGAGGACCUGGCUGUAAACCUUGGCUGGCCGGGCAGUAGGGCAGAGGUAGGAGCAGAAAGUGAGUUGUCUAUUGAGCAAAUUGCCCAGUGACUGCAUUCUUCUCCUUUCACGUGCGAUUUCAAGUAGAAACGUUGUGGUUGGGGCUAAAUAGGAUUUAAGGAACAAGAUGAGUAGGAAGAAUGUCGUGCUUCACUUCUUUCAAGUAGAAGUCUGUUUCAGAACUACCAUAUGCACGUUGGGAUGUUAAUGAAUAAUUCUUGCACUCUGAAGCAAAAGAACUUCUUGGUAUUGGUUUGAUUUGUCAUCUUAUUUUAUUUUGAUGAAA